AUGCAAACGUUUGUCUCAAUAGCCCAGAAUGCAUGGGGAAUUUUUGUAUCCGAAAGGAAACCUGGCUGGAAGUAUCUGAUGCAGCUUUUUGCAGUUUGCUCUGCAGUUGGCUUCUUCUCAAGCUUUCUCUUAUUCCUUGGCAUGCACUUCUCCCUGGCACACCACCCUUUGGGUCCCUUGCUGAUUUCUGGAUUCAUCUGGAUCUCGCUUUCCAUUGCGCUCUCGUUUUUCAAGUACCUGCGCUGUUUUAGUGUCCUGUUCCUUCUUUCUUGUGGACUGAAAAAUGGCAGGAGAGCUGGCACAGGUGUCGUGGUGGCUGGCAACAUCCAAAAUAUUUUCCACAACCUAAAGGUUCUGGCAGACAGCGUAACCUGUCUAGAGUAUCAGCAAUUUGCUUUGGUGCAAUAUUACGUUGAGGCAAUAAAAUGGAUUUACAAGGUGGCCAGUUCAGUUUCCACUGAACUAUUUAAAGUGGACCUAAAGCAUGAAUUCAGACUAUCUUGUUCCGUUUCAGAUAGUGCACUAAAACAAGAGCUAAAUGACACAAAGCAAGAAAUCCAGACAGUUGCUAACCAGAUAUCUUUUAUGCUGACUAUACUGCCCUAUAUAGGCCAGAAAGUAUUGCCUAUAGUGGGGAUUCUUCUAGCUUCUUUUGGAACUGGCCUCUUUAUCAAAAAAUUUGUGAGCUCUCACAGUGCCAAAUUUAAGAAUACUUAUAUCACAAAACAGUUCAUCGCAUUCGAUGAGAACGAAAAGCAACAUGAAAGGCCUUGUCUUCUGCCGCUUAAUAGAAAAGAAAGAAAAGAAUACGUAACAAUCCCAUCUUUCUGCCUCACCAGGAAGGACAGAAAAAAUGUGCAGUAUUUUUUUCUCCCUGUAAUUAUUCAUCUUUGCAUCUGGCUUCUGUUUGCUGCAAUAGAUUAUUUGUUUUAUUGGUUAAUUAUUUCUGUGAAAAAACAUCUCCAAGCAGUACCAGAUCUAGACAUAGAACUCACCGUCUUUCAGCAAAGGAAUGAUAAAAGAUUUAUCAUUGGCAUGACAGAGUAUGUUACAAAGACCGAUCAUUUCAAGAUGCCUUUGUUUAAGCAUGGAUGCAUCCCUCAGCCAGAGUUUCCUCUCUCCUCGACAUGGAUCCAGCUUGGAGUCAUCAUCAUCUUCUUAAUCAUUUUUGGAUUAUUGUCUGGCCUGCUGACUCAACUUAAAAUACUCGUGUCAAGCUCAUUUUAUCCUGACACUGAGAUGAAACGGAUACAUUAUUUGCAUGCAAAAUUACUCAAGAAAAGAGCAAAGCUAAAAGAGAAAACUGGGAAGAACAUGUUUGCUAGAACGCUCAGCUUUUGGUUUCCAAUACUCAAGGCAAGAGAAGCAGUGAGGAAGAAAGAAAGGAGUGUGGCAAACGACAACAUCAUGUGCAAGAGACCAAGCGAACCUUUGGAUAAGGCUGAGAUGCUCUAG